AUGCUAGUUAAUUAUUCUGAUAGUGAGGAUGAUUAAAAAUAAAAUGACAAUCCUGUUGUCAACAAUAUUCCACCACAAGAAUAGAUUAAGCCAACUAAACUUAUACCAAUUGAGCCUUCCAUUGUGAAAAAGAGAAAGCCAAAUCCUAAGGAAUGCAAAAUACCAGAUGUCUUCUUGAAAUAAGAUGGAAAGAUUGAUUAAGAAAUAAAUUAAUAAGUAGGUUAACAAUAGAGUCAAGGAAAUAAGUUCAUUCCCAGAUAACUAUUAUGCAAAAAAAGCAAUGUUUCCAUUGAAUGA